AAUUUGAUAUGAUUUAAAAACGAUUGCAUUGGAUCAGAAUUGAAAACAUUCUAAAAUUUUCAUUCAUUCAAACAUACACACAUGCACAAUGCGAUUUUAUUCUAUUUGUACCAUAUGGGCUACAAUUGUCGUAGCAACAGCAACUGAUUCUAAUUCAGAUACAACAUUCAUAUUCAAUGGUGAUGGAUGUGAACAAAAUCAUCUAUUUCAAACACGAUAUCGACCACAAAUUCAACAAUUAGCCAGUGAUGUACAACGUAUCAUUGAUCAUGUAAUGAGUGUAAAUGAAUCUGGCCGAACUUAUCGACAAUUAGCAGAAUUUGUUGAUCGUUUUGGUUCACGAUUGACUGGAACAAAAAAUCUUGAAGAUUCUAUUGAUUAUAUGAUUGAUUUAUUACGACAAGAAGGUCAUGAUAAUGUUCAUGGAGAAUCGGUACAAGUUCCACGAUGGACACGUGGUAAUGAAUGGGCUCGUAUGAUUAAACCAAGAGAGAAAAAAUUAAAUAUUCUCGGUCUUGGCUAUAGUGAAGGCACGAAUGGUCAAACAAUUGAAGCACCAAUUGUUGUUGUACGAAAUUUUACCGAACUUGAACAAAAAUCUCGAUUGAUACCGGGUAAAAUAGUUGUCUAUAAUUUUCAUUAUGAAUCAUAUGGUAAACAGGCUAUAUAUCGACAUAGUGGUGCAAGUCGUGCAGCUGAAUUCGGUGCCGUCGCAGCUAUGAUAAGGUCAUUGACACCAUUUUCGAUUGAUUCUCCACACACUGGAAUGCAAACAUACGAUGUGAAUGUAACGAGAAUUCCAGCCAUCAGCAUAACUGCCGAAGAUGCAGAUCUAUUUCAACGUUUCUCAGAUCGAAAUGAGGAAGUGAUUGUUCAAAUUUAUUCGGAAAAUCGUAAUGAAAAAGAGCAAGGCAUUUCACGUAAUACAGUUAGCGAUAUACGUGGUGAACAAUAUCCAGAUGAAAUUGUAUUGGUCAGUGGCCAUAUUGAUUCUUGGGAUGUUGGUCAAGGUGCUCUAGAUGAUGGUGCUGGUUCAUUCAUUUCAUGGCGUGCAUUAUCGGUGAUUAAACAACUUGGUCUACGACCUAAACGAACAAUGAGAUCGAUUCUUUGGACUGGUGAAGAAUUCGGUUUGAUUGGUGUUUUUGAUUAUGUAAAAAAACAUCAAAAUGAAUUGAAAAAUUAUGUACUUGCUAUGGAAUCGGAUAUUGGAACAUUCACACCGAAAGGUAUUACAUUUUCGGGUAGAAAUAGCACAUCACAAUGUACAUUAUGGGAAAUUUUACAAUUAAUGCAUCCAAUCAAUGCAACAACAUUGACAAUAUCGACCGAAGGUUCCGAUGUACAAGCAUUCUAUGAAAACGGUGUACCAAUCAGUAGUCUUGAUACGGCCAAUGAUAAAUAUUUCUAUUUUCAUCAUACCCAAGGUGAUACAAUGACCGUCGAACAAUCAGAUGAUCUGGAUAAAUGUCAGGCACUUUGGACAUCUGUUUCUUAUGCAUUAGCUAUGCUUGAUGAUCGUUUACCUCGAUAAUUAAAAAAAAAAAAAAAACAUCUACAUCUUA